AUGUCGCCACCCACUGCGUCUGCGUCGGUCGCGUCCAGCGGGUCGUCGCCGCAUAUGGACCGUCUGCUCGGGGAUCUCAAACUGCUUGCAGCUUACGAUUCGGCCGCAGGCUGGCAGGAGCCAAAAGCGAUGGAAAGCGCCUUUCAGAGUCUUUCUUGGGAUGACGCUGAUGUUUUAAAGGCUCUUCCCCAGUACUUGAACUGCCGCGGAGAGCAGAAGCGGCGCGUGGAUUUCGCGUACGCCGCGCUCUGCCCGCGGCCCGUCGACGAAAAAGACCCCAAGCAGACCUUGAUGAGUUUAUGGAUGAAGGCGCGCCUCUUCUCUUACGACCAGAAACACCCGUUCGUUCUUUCCCCCUUCGCCGCCACUGACAAGUCGACUUCUGCAGGGGCAAUGACCGCAGAAAAACCGUUUUAA